UCACUAAAGCCACCUCAAUCUCUCUCUUUUUCUCUUCUCUCCCCAUUUUUCUUCCCUUGCUUAAGAGUGUUUCCUCUUUGGAAAUCGCAAUGUCUCACCGUGGUGGUGGCCGACGUCAGGAAUCUCAGCGCGACCGACAAUCCUCUGCUACAUCCCCGUCGUUCAAUCGCGGAGGCGGUGGUGGACGUGGCGGUAGAGGCCGAGGUGGAGCUGGCUCCUUUUACGCUCAACCUGCUCCUCCUCCAGCAGGAUCGGACUUUCCUUCAUUAUCUCGUCCCCCGACUACUUCAUCCAGAGCGGCUGCUGCUCCUCAAGCAGCGCCUCCUUCUUCAUCUUCGAGAGCUCCACCGGCUCCGGCUCCGGCUCCUGCUCCUCCUCCUGCAGCGGCGGCCUCAACUUCCACUCAGAUAGAGAAGCUGACGCAUGGGGUUGAGCAGUUAACGACGACGGCCGGAGCUCCUACACCGUCGUCAUCAAAGGAGAUUAGAUUUCCUAAUAGGCCAGGGUACGGUAGUAUAGGGAUGAAGUGUGUGGUUAAAGCCAACCAUUUUUUGGUUGACGUCGCUGAUAGAGAUCUCCGUCAAUACGAUGUGAGCAUAACUCCUGAACUAACCUCAAAGAAGAUAAACAGAGAUGUUAUAUCUCAGCUCAUUCGCAUGUUUCGUCAGUCACAUUUGGGUAACCGAAGAGCAGCUUAUGAUGGUAGGAAAAGCUUAUACACUGCAGGGCCUUUGCCUUUUGAGUCUAAAGAAUUUGUUGUCAAGCUUGUUGAAUCAAAUAAAAAUGCCGGUUCUUCUGUUUCAUCCAAGAAGGAACGUGAAUUUAAGGUGGCAAUUAAAUUUGCAUCUAAGCCUGAUAUUCAUCAUUUGAAACAAUUCUUAAUCGGUAGACAAAUGGAUUGCCCACAAGAAACGAUUCAAGUUCUUGACAUUGUUCUUCGGGAAACACCUUCAGAGAAGUAUACCCCUGUUGGGAGGUCAUUUUUUUCACCUGAUUUGGGCCAAAAGGGAGAGCUUGGCGAUGGUAUAGAGUAUUGGAGAGGAUACUAUCAGAGUCUUCGCCCAACCCAGAUGGGGCUUUCUCUUAACAUAGAUGUAUCAGCUCGAUCAUUCUAUGAGCCCAUUAUUGUGACCGACUUUGUUUCAAAAUACUUGAAGUUGAGAGACAUGUCAAGGCCUCUCUCUGAUCAAGAUCGAAUUAAGGUGAAAAAGGCUCUGAAAUCAGUGAAAGUGCAAAUACUUCACAGGGAGUAUGCUAAAAGCUAUAAAGUUACUGGCAUAUCCAAUAAACCCCUGAAUCAGAUAUUCUUCAAAUUGGAUGACAAGAGCACAGAUAUCUCAGUUGUACAGUAUUUCCGUGAAAAAUACAAUAUUGGGCUAAAAUAUACGUCCUUGCCUGCCCUUCAAGCUGGGAGUGAUGCAAAACCAAUUUACUUGCCUAUGGAGCUUUGUAAGAUUGUUGAUGGUCAGAGGUAUUCAAAGAAACUUAAUGAAAGACAAGUAACUGCACUGCUAAGAGCAACCUGUCAACGCCCUCAUGAACGAGAGGAAAGCAUUAAGCAGAUGGUCAAGCGGAAUAGUUACAACCAAGAUGUGCUUGUAAGGGAUGAGUUUGGAAUCCAAGUGAAAGAAGAACUUACAUUUGUUGAUGCCCGAGUUUUGCCUGCUCCCAUGCUUAAUUAUCAUGAGACUGGAAGGGAAUCAAGGGUUGAUCCCCGCUGUGGGCAAUGGAAUAUGAUUAACAAGAAAAUGGUGAAUGGUGGGAGUGUGAAUUUUUGGACAUGUGUGAACUUCUCUUUGAACAUCAAUCGAGAUUUGCCUGCUGAGUUCUGUAGGCAAUUGAUUCAGAUGUGUGUCAGCAAAGGAAUGGCAUUCAAUCCAAACCCUAUUAUUCCAAUAAGCUCAGCUCAUCCAGGUCAAAUUGGGAAGACUCUUAAUGAUAUUAAGAGGCAAUGUGAGGCAAAACUUGUGAAACAGCUGCAGUUGCUGAUAAUUAUUCUACCUGAUAUCAGUGGAUCUUAUGGAAUAAUUAAGAGAGUCUGUGAAACAGAAUUGGGAAUUGUUUCUCAGUGUUGCCAACCACGACAAGCAGCAAAACUGAGUAAACAGUAUUUUGAGAAUGUUGCUCUCAAAAUCAAUGUUAAGGUUGGGGGAAGAAACACUGUGUUGAAUGAUGCCGUGCAAAGGAGGAUCCCACUUGUGACUGAUUGCCCUACAAUUAUUUUUGGUGCUGAUGUAACUCAUCCACCACCAGGGGAGGACUCUAGUCCGUCGAUAGCAGCAGUAGUGGCUUCAAUGGACUGGCCUGAGGUAACCAAGUAUAGAGGCAUUGUCUCUGCACAGGCGCAUCGUGAAGAAAUCAUCCAGGAUUUGUAUAAAUCCUUUCAGGAUCCUCAGGGAAUAUUAAAGCAUUCAGGAAUGAUCAGAGAAUUGUUUGUUGCAUUUAGAAGAGAAACUGGGAUGAAACCUAAAAGGAUUAUAUUCUACAGAGAUGGUGUUAGUGAGGGGCAGUUUAGUCAAGUUUUGCUGUAUGAGAUGGAUGCCAUAAGAAAGGCUUGUGCCUCACUGGAGGAGGGAUAUCUUCCACCGGUUACCUUCGUUGUGGUGCAAAAAAGGCACCAUACACGACUUUUUCCCGUUGAUCGUGGUCAGACAGACAGGAGUGGCAAUAUUCUGCCAGGCACUGUUAUUGACACUAAGAUAUGCCACCAGAGGGAGUUCGACUUCUACCUGAACAGCCAUGCUGGAAUUCAGGGAACCAGCAGACCAACUCAUUACCAUGUGCUGUAUGAUGAAAAUCAUUUCACUGCUGAUAAUCUGCAAGUGCUGACUAAUAAUCUGUGUUACACGUUUGCCAGGUGUACACGCUCUGUGUCCAUAGUCCCUCCUGCCUAUUAUGCCCAUUUAGCAGCUUUCCGUGCUCGAUAUUACAUUGAGGGUGAAAUGUCAGAUGGUGGAUCUACCAGUGGAAAGAGCACAACAGGGCGGAGUAAGGAGGUCCAGCCUCUUCCUGUCAUCAAAGAUAAUGUGAAAGAUGUGAUGUUUUAUUGCUGAGGCCCUGGCAUUCUUUUUUGUUUAGGAUUGAACUAACCUGAGAAGUUGGAAGUUAAUUAUCCAUAUCAGAGCUGCUGCAAUACUAAGAGAAACCUGAUAUACCUUGCUGCUUGCUAUUAUUCUUUUUUUUUAUUUGCUGGGGGUAGCAGAUAUGAUUUUUGAGCUUGAACUGCUGCUCUUAUUGUGGCAGAAGCUUUUGGCAGUUGGGAAGUGAAACAAUAUUUAAUUUCCUUCUAAAUUUGCUCUGCUUAAUGCCAGCUUUUUGAUUUUGGUUUCCCUAUGUACUUUAUAAUCCUAGAUAAUACAUGGAACUGCCUUAAUGCUUUCA